GACAGAAUGCAUCUCUCAAAACCAACGGCCUUCACUCCCACCACCCCUCUGUUCUCUCCCGCUCCAUCGAACAUCCCAAGACUCAGUACCCCCAAAGCCUCGAUGACCUCCGCCACCGCCUCGCCUCCUUCGUCCGCCUCCAAACCAUCGACGAUUACUCCGUCGAGGUCGGCACCAAGAAGAAACCCCUCCCCAAGCCCAAAUGGAUGAGAGAAUCGAUCCCCGGCGGAGACAAGUACACUCAGAUCAAGAAGAAGUCGAAGAAAUUGAAGCUUCACACCGUCUGGGAAGAGGCCCGGUGCCCUAAUUUGGGCGAAUGUUGGUCUGGUGGGGAAACCGGGACGGCCACUGCCACGAUUAUGAUUCUUGGAGAUACUUGUACCAGAGGUUGCAGUUAUUGUAGUGAUGUGUGGCUUCAUGAGGAUCCAAGCCCAGUUCCCCCAUAUAGGGAUGAGGAGGUCUGCCUUGAGAGAAAAAAGUGCUUGAAAAGGUUCUUUGAUGAUCCAAUGGAGCACACUAGAGCAAAUUUGGAGUAUGCCAAGUUCUCAACCAAAGAGGGGCCAUUUGCUGACAUUGAUUCUAUUGGAGAUAGAUGUGAUAUGGAUCCUCAUAGUUGGUGGGUUGUUCAUGGUGCAUCUGCACUCACUCUUCAAUCUUUGGCUUAAGGCUACUUGUGCAACCUUCUUUUUCGUCAUGUGCUGAGAGGAAUUGGAGUAUAUACUCUUUUAUCCAUUCAAUGAGAAGAAACAAAAUGACACCCCAACGUGUAGAAGACUUGCUUUUUGUUCAUAGCAACCUCCGUCUUUUAUCAAGGAGAAUCCCACAAUACCUUGAAGGAGAGACCAAGUUAUGGGAUAUUGUGGGCAACACAUUUGAUUCAUUUGAUGAUGUUGGGAUGCUUGAGGUUGCAAAUCUCUCACUUGAUGAACCUGAGAAGGAGGUUGUGUUGUUUACAGAUGAUGGAGGUGCAAACGAAGAAAUAGAUGGUGAUGCUAAUGAUGAUGAAGACGUGCAAGAAAUUAGAUCUACUUGAAGCUUUGGAAGGCCAACUCUUUUUUUUUUUUUUUCUUACUUCUUUUGCCCUCUUAUUUAGUGCUUUUGUGAAAGAUAUUUUUGGAUGUUGAAUGUUUUCCCUUUCUCGUAUUAGUUCUUUCGUUCAUUAUAACUUUUUUGUGAAUGGAUGAUUUAUUAAUUUGUUUAAAUGUAGUGGUUAUAUUUAUUGAAUUAAUGUUGCUAUGUUAGUGUUUGUUAAUUUUGAUUUAGGAUGAAUGUAAUAUGAAUGUACAUAGCACAUAAAAAUAUGUUUUCAAAAAAAAUAAAAAUUGCCAUGUCCCCUGCCGUGUUUGUGUCCUCAUUUUUUGGAAAUUGCCGUGUCCCGUGUCCGUGUCCAUGUCUGUGUCUGUGUCUGUGUUUGUGUCUGCGCUUCAUAGCCUAAGGUAGUGAGUGCUAGAAUAUGGACUGGCUAGGUGAAUGGCCCCACUCACUUGCUCAUUUCUCUCUUUCUCUGGCCCAUUUUGUCUUUAAAUAUUAAAGAACAUUUUAAUUUGGAGAAUUUCUUGUUAACUGAAAUUUUCUUAAUAGUAACAUUUCUUGGUUGAGUCUUGUGACUGUGUCAUUCUAUUUAUGCUGGACAAUAAAUUUAGCAUAGUUUGAUUACUAGUUUGUAGACUACCGAUUAUAGGAUUGAGGAGGGUAUAAUCGUGUCUGUUGACCUCUUUUGCUACAUUGGAUGCUCUCUUCCACAUUCUAUGUGCCACUACUUCCGUUUGAGUGGAUUAUCUCCUACUUUCUUCUGUGCUUAAAACCCAAGACUAGUUUCUUUGGAAAAUCUCCUUUGCAGCCAACUGAUUUUUUUCCAGCACUUGUUGAGUGCCACCAGCUACUUAUCAUUGUACCAUGAAGACUAGGGGGGAGGCCCAGGGACAAGCCUUGGUUGAUUUCCUAGGGAAAAACUUGGAUUAAAGUUGCCCACAAUUAUUUUUGUCGAGGGUUUGCAGUUUGCAGGAGAAAGGUGGAUGAAUUGGUUGAUUUUGAAAGUGUUCAGUCGCUAGAUUUGCAGAAAAUAAUGUCUAGAUUUCUCAGGAUGGUAACUGUUUUGUUCUGCUGCCUUGGUCUUUGGAAGGAAAAUGAAAAAGAAAGAAAGGGAAAGGAAAUUGAGAAGGAAAACUGUUUUCAGUUGUAUUCUCUCUCCUUAAGAAAAUUUUAUAUUAACAUUUUUUUUUAAGAAAUGAUAAGAAAUCAUGAAAAAGAGGAGAAUAUAUCUAUUCCUAAAAUUUAUCACAGAUUUUCACCAUAUUUGUUUUUCCUAUUUUCCAUGUUUUCUUUUUUCCUUUUCUUUCUCAAAUCCAUGAACCAAAUAGAGCAUUAAGGUUUUCAAGGGUGGAACUAGAAGCCAAAGAGUAGGGGAAAGGAUUGGGAUUGAUCUGCGCUCAAUUGGAUAGGUUAUGGGGUACUUAAAUAUGAGUUUUUUCGGUAUGAGUAACUAGUGAGAAAUUGAAUUCACAAAAAUUUUAGUAGGAUUUUAAGGCUCAAGAAUAGGGAAUUAAGAAACUUUGACUAAUUAGAAGAUUUUAGACCUAAUAAAGACCACAGCUCAAUACAUAAUAUGACCCGGUACAUCCAUCCAUAUUAUAGUCCAUGACUCCAUGUUUAACAAAUCUGAAAACUACUAAAUACCCUUGAUUAAACUCAAUAAAAAUAGAUAAAGCUGUCCAGCAGAAUAUUAACUAAUACAAAACAUAAAUAAAGACUGAAAUCAACAAAGAGACCACAAAUCAAUACAUAAUACGACCCAGUACAUCCAUCCGUACUAUAUAGUCCAUGACUCCAUGUUUAACAAAUCUGAAAACUACUAAAUACCCUUGAUUAAACUCAAUAAAAAUAGAUAAAUUUGUCCAGCAGAAUAUUGACUAAUACAAAAUAUAAAUAAAGACUGAAAUCAACCCUAACCUUGAUUACACAGCAACUGAGUAGGCUGUGUUAAAUUCCUGAUUUGUCUUGUUGUCUUGGUUGGCAUCAAUAAUAGAAACUUUGGCAUUAUUUUUCUGUGACACAUGAGGCUUGAACUCUUGUCCACAUACUCCCACAAUUCAUUUCCUUUGAACUUUCCUUUGUGGCCUCUACCUUACAACAGUAGAGGGAGAAAGAAAGAUGCAAGAAUGAGAAUCUGGACUUAUGUUGUAUCUUGGAACAUUAUGUUUAUCCGCAAUGGUUUUUUUGGCAAGCAUCAUGUUUGUCCACAUGCUAAGCCACUGUAUCAAACUUCACUUGAAUAUUAUCAGAUUUGGCUUACUCCUCUGGAUUCCGGUAUGUGGCAUCUGGUCCAAUGGUCAGGUCCUCAUACAAGGCAGGUGAAUUCUACAUCAAAUCCAUGAUAGAAUCAGAUCGUGCCAUAUCCUCUUGAUCGAGUCAUGUCUCUUGACUGACCACCAUUUGUUUUUCUCGAUCUCACAAAAUUCAACGAUAUUCCGUUGUUAUUUUUGGGAAUGAGUAGACAAGCUCAAUCAGUGAGCUUUUGGAAGGUAGCAUUCUAGAGUCAAUUUAGUCUUGUGUCUCCUUGGUGUUGGAUGAGCUUGCGCUUCCGGAGAUUACCAAUAUUGUUGGUUAGUCAUAAUUCAUUCACUUGUAUAUUCAAAUUAAUUGUAGUUAUCAAAUUCUAUCACGUUUCCUUUGUUCAAAUCGCUGGUCUUUAUUUGGUUAAUAAUGGCAAUAGGCGAUAACAAUCCUUCCUUUCUAUUCUCAA